GUGUCGUUCUCGAUCUGAUAUACCCUCCCUCCGCCUUUCCUUAAAGCCUACACGUCGGCCUCCUUAUCUCCUCGAAGCUCACCCCUUUCCCCCGCUCAUCGUUGCCGACGCUCACCACCUGUCGAGUUCACCAUGGCCACAGUGCACCACAUCUUGCGUCGCGCGGAAGAAGACGAGGAAUUGAAUUGCGGCGCUGGUGGCGGGAGCGAUGAGCUCUUUGGUCUCCGUGUUGCCUCCAUUUUCAUCAUCAUGGUCGGCUCAAUGUUCGGUGCUCUUUUCCCCGUCCUCGCUAAACGCACUCGAUGGCUGAGCUCGCACGUACCCAACGGACUUUUUGAAUUUGCGAAAUACUUUGGCAGCGGUGUCAUUAUUGCAACCGCCUUCAUUCAUCUGUUGGAUCCUGGUCUCGAAGCUCUUGGUUCUCCAUGUUUAGCUCCUGGAUGGUCGGACUACCCAUAUGCACUAGCUAUUGCUCUAUUGUCAAUAUUCCUCAUCUUCAUCGUAGAGCUCAUAGCUUUCCGCUGGGGCACUGCCAAGCUGGCAAAACUUGGCGUCUCGCACGAUGCACACGGUCAUGGUGUCGGGAGCCACGCCGCCCAUGGACCCGAAUCAAAUCGGCAGCUGGGAGGAGACUCGUCAAACCCUCAAGAAAUAGCGCAGAUUGAGAAAUUCCCCACUGACGUCGAGUCCAAUGCUUCUCAACACAAAGCUCUGGCUUCACAUUAUGACGAUCAUGCCGUUGUCGACUCAGCUAUCACCCAGAUCAUCGGUGUUGGUAUCCUAGAGUUUGGUGUUGUCUUGCACAGUGUCUUGAUUGGUUUGACUCUUGCCGUCGAUCCGGAUUUCAAAGUUCUUUUUGUCGUCAUCGUCUUCCACCAAACAUUCGAGGGUCUUGGUAUCGGUUCUCGUCUAGCGUGCAUGGAACUUCCACAAAAAUACAAUUACGUACCGAUUCUCGGUGCGCUCAUAUAUGGUGUCACUACCCCAAUCGGUGUCGCAGCUGGCUUGGGUGUCCGAUCGACAUACAACCCGGGAAGCACUACAGCAAGUAUCGUCAGCGGCGUCCUAGACUCGUUCAGUGCCGGUAUCCUCAUUUACACUGGUCUCGUCGAGCUCCUCGCACACGAGUUCCUUUUCAACAAGGAGAUGAUUAACGGUUCGAAUGCGAAGCUCGCUUAUGCGAUUGGGUGUAUGUUGCUUGGGUGCGGGAUUAUGGCUCUUCUGGGCCGAUGGGCAUGAUGCGGUUUUCCACCUUUCGUCUCUCCUCAGUUUCUCACAUAUUUCUCAUGUGGACUUUGGAUGUCUCAUCCCCAUCAUCGAUCAUCCUUCGACUUUUUGCUCUUCGCUCUUCACAACUAUUGCGCUAUUUUUUGCCUCGUUACCCGAUUCAACAUCGCUACACCCUAUCUGGAUCUUUCUUCUUCACCCGCUUCAUGCUUUGCACGUCGACGAACUCGUUCACAUAGUAGAUGACUUACAUGUACGCACGCACGCCCCUUGCACGAUCUAUCUUUAUGUCACCAAUCAAAACUUGCAUUUUGUUGUCUUUUUAAUGUACGGGCUCUUGACAUUACCCCUGAUUGCUUGGCGGUGGGGUUGUGUAUGAUGCUUUGAGAGAUACUUCGAACUUGUUGGAUUGG